UCAUACCUAUUUAUCUUGUCGACUAUAUUCAUAUGUUUCACAACAAUUAAAUUCUUAGAAAUUGUAGUGAUGAAAAUCAAAGCUUUUAAUUUGUGUUUCCUUUGUGCAUUGUUUCUUUUAUCUGUUGUGGCAACAGAGACAUUAAAAGAAGGUAAACAAUAUACAAAAGAGUCAAAGAAAAAUGUUUUGGUAGAUAAGCUUGAUGGUGGGCGAAAACCCAUAGAUAUAGAAUCUUUUGAUCCAAAUAAGCCCGUUGGUUCGAGAAAUAAAACAAGGGAAGAAAGGUCAAGUGCAAAGGAAGUAAAGCAGAAGGCAAAGGAAGCAAAGGAAGCAAAGAAGAAGGCAAAGGAAGCAAAGCAGAAGGCAAAGGAAGCAAAGGAAGCAAAGCAAAAGGCAAAGGAAGCAAAGCAGAAGGCAAAGGAAGCAGAGGAAGCAAUGCAGAAGGCAAACAAAGCAAACGAAGCAAAGUAGAAGGCAAAUGAAGCAAAGCGAAAGAAAAAGGAAGCAAAGUAAAAGGAAAACGAAGCAAAGCAGAAGGCAAACGAAGCAAAGCAGAACGCAAAGGAAGAAAAGCAGAAGGAAUGGGAAGCAAAACAGAAGGAAAAGUAUAGGGAAGCUUUGGCAAAGGCAAAGCCAAAGGUAAAGGAACUAAAGAAGAAGGAAAGGGAAGUAAAGCAGAAGGAAAUCGAGAGGGAAGCUUGCGAAAAGGCAAAGGCAAGGGCAAGGGCAAAGGCAUAUUAUAAAUUUUAUAAUUGGAAUGGGAAGGGAAAAAUGCCAAGGCAUUAUUAGUUGUAAAAAAAAUAUAUAAAACAAAGCAUACACUAUAAUCAUUGCAUGAUUGGGUGAAUGAAUAAUAAUAAUAAGAUUGAUUUUCAAGGUUAAAUUGGGGGUCAAUGUGAGGGAAAUAAAUUCUAGUCUUAUGAACUUUGAAGGUUAAUUUUU